AUACGUACCUACUAAAGUAAUAGUAUUUCGAUUGUUUUCAUUAAUCGGUUAACUCUAUCGAUUAAACAUUUUCAGACAGUGAACAAAUAAAUUAAUAAAAAUGGGCGGCCUCAUAUCCAUUAAUAUAGAAAAUCAAUAUAAAAAGAAUGAAAAGUUCUUACAAAGCUUAAAUGAAAUAGCGAUCGAAAGACAAAUUCAAUUGCAAAACCAAAUGGCAGAAAGGCAAAAGGCAGCAGCUAUAGCAGGCAGCAGGGAUUUCUUUCUAUGGUUCACAACAUUUCAUGCUACAGUUGCAACUGGAUUAUUAGCUGGGUUCGGAAAGACUAAAAAACCAUUUUUAUUGGUACCUCUUGUUCCACUUUCAUUUGUGAAUUUGUAUUAUUAUGAUUUGGCAUAUGGCAACAAAUUACACAGGAUAAGAAUGGAAGCAGAGCACAUAAUGAGUAAUGAAGCAGAUAUACUGAAAGUGCCUUGUGGGUUACCAACACCCGCUUCUAUUGACGAGAGAAGAAAGUUGGAAGAAGAGACUAAGAAAAUCCACCCUCCGAUGCCUUAAUUUUUUAAUGUUGACUGCACU